UUCAACUGUAAUAAUGAGUUACAAACUUUUGCUUUGUGAAUGGGGUUUGGAAAAAUACAUUGAAAAAUUUGAAGAUGAAGAAAUCGAUGAUGAAUCUUUCCCAUUUUUGGAAAAGGAAAAAAUUUCUGACUUAUUUCCUAAAGUGGGACCUUACUCUAAAUUUAUAAGGUUAUACAAUAAUUGGAUUCACGAUAAAGAAAAUAAUGAACCGGCUUCAACACCUGUCAAUAAUGCAUUACAAUUAAAAAGUGAUAUUGAAGGAACCUAUGAGAUUGGUCCUGAUGGACAAUUAGAAGAAGUAUACAACCCUCAAGAUUCAAAUUCGGAAAGAAACGAAUUGGAAGAUUUUACAUUAGAAGAGGAAGUGCAAAAUACUUUGAAAGCGGAAAAACGUUCUGCAAAUGUAACAACGGUUGUUCCUGAAAAAAGAAGAAAAGUUAGUUCCGAUUCUACUCAUCAUUCUAUUAUUAAAGAGGGUCCAAUCUACGAAUGUCUUAUUAAUAACAUUCGUGGGAAUUUGGCAAUUGCGGAGUAUGAAUCGAAAGGAUUCUUAAGGUCAAGAACACAGCAAAUUGUUGCAGAGUGUGUUCUUUCACAGGAAUUCAAAGGAGAUAUUUGGAAACAGAUACAUCGAGAACAAUUUUUGAAACUUUCUGAGGGCAUCGAAUUGCUUUUUCCUUCUGAAAAUAAGGAAACAUACUAUAUACCGUAUUAUAAAAAUGAAGCUGGGAAAAAGUAUAGUGCUUCUGGAAAACUAGUGGACUUGUUCUAUAAUAUAAGAAAAAGAGCUGUUCGUUCUGGGAUUCAAUCUUCCAGAAAAAACUCAAGUCAAAAAUCUACUGAUAAUGAUGCUCUGACUAAUGCCGUUACUCCAGAUGCAGAUACUUUAAAUAAAAUUAAUUCUCUUUCAAUAACAUGCAUACCAUGGCAAGAUUGCAUUGAAAAGUGGCGAGACACUCACGAUUAUCGAAUGACGGAAAUUCGUUCAACUGCAACUGUAACUUCAAAAACGAAAGGAGGAAAAGAGAAGACUACAAUUUCUAAUAAAGUUACAUUCUAUAUUACAAAGUAUAGAGGAAUAAAGGAGGCUUUAGGUUACACUUUGCUUGAAUUGGAUUACUCUAUGUUGUACCCAGGAACUGAAGAAAACUUAUUGUUUUUAUGGCCAUCUUUUAAAAGCAAACUUCUCUCGGUAUUUCAACGUGAUAACAGCAAUUUGUUUAAAUCAAGCAGUAAUGGUUAGUUAAAUUUUAAACUAACUUUUACAUUAAUAAAGAUGCAAUUUUAACUAAUUUGUUAUUUUUAUAAUUUGUAGAUGAAAUAAGCGAUGCUCAAUUACUAAUGAAAUUGUGUAUGCUAGUUAAACCAAAAUUAAUUAAUGAUGGUGAUGAAAGCUGGAAACCCACAAGAGAAGUCAUUCAAGAAGGAUUUUUGAUACAUGUGAUUAGUGCUAGUGACAUAAAAUCGGCCAUUAAGAGAGUAAGAGACAGAGCAACAGCAAGAAAAGAGACAACUCAGCCUUUUGCCGUGAUUGUAGGAGAAGAUUUACACAAUAUAACUGACUGUUAUAUCUCAGUAGACAACCUCUUAUAUAACGUAGAUUCCCCUGUAAAAGCCAUCGACGUUACAUUUAAGAUUUUUCAAGCGAUUCAUGCUCAAUAUCCCAAGCAUGCCGAACCUCUUUGGUUACUUCUUCAAAUAUGUGUAUACGGUAUAAAAACAAAGUGGGAUAAUAGUAAGCAUAUGCAUAGUUUAACUUCCUUGAUUAAAGAUUUAAAGUGUGUUGAUUAAACUAAAAAUAAAAUGCCUAAUUGUUUUCAAUGUAACGUUGGAUCUUUCUUUCCAUCCAUUCAAGCUUUAUGGAUACAUUAUAAAAUAACCCAUAACAUGUCCACUGCAUCAUCAUUUAUGUGUGCUGAACCUGAUUGUUUAUUUAAAAAAACCUUUUCUUCAUGGUCUAGAAUCCGAAAACACUACAAGUGUUAUCACAAAUUUUGUAAUAAUUUUGUCAAUAAUCUUCAAAUAGAAAAUAAUGAACCUAUUGGAAUAGAACUCCCUGUUAAUGAUAUUCAAAAUGUCAAUCAUGAGCAACCAGAACCCAUUGACAAUGAAAUUGAUAUAGUUAAUGAUCCAGUUGAGAAUGAAAAUCAACAGUUAUUUCCUCAAUUUUUGACACAUGAAGCUUCUAAGUUGUUAGCGAAAUUUUAUAGUCGACCAUCUUUUCCUCGAAGUCUGGUACAAUUAAUGGUUGAUAAUGUUGGUGAUUUUAUGAGUAGUUCUCUUCAACAAUUUCGAAAGAAAUGCGAAAUAGUGUUAAACAAUUCAACUCUUCAAGAAAACGAAAAAAAUGAAAUACAUAAAUUAAUAGAUGAAUUUGAUAAUCCAUUCUCUUCUCUUUCUUCAGAGUACUUAAGACUAAAAUAUUUUGAGAAAUCCGGUCAUCUUAUUUCUGCAGUUGAUUAUAAAGUAGGAGAAAGAAUUGAAUAUAAAUUUAAAAAUGGUAGAAUUGUUCGAGAAUCAGUAGAUUGCAUUGCAAAACAUAUUCCUAUGCGAUUAAUCUUGAAAAAAUUUCUAGAACUUCCGGGAAAUUUUGAAAUAAUUUCAAAAUAUAUGAACGAAUUAAAACGCUCAGAAACAGAGAUAUGCAAUUUUAUUCAGGGAAAUUUAUGGAAAGAAAAAUCGGCUAUUUAUGAAUUAGAAAAUAAAAUAGUUCUGCCUAUAUUUUUAGGCAUAGAUGAUUUUGAAAUUAAUAAUCCCUUAGGAUCGCACACAGGAGUUAGUGAAGUUGGAUCAGUAUAUCUUUCAAUGCCAUUCUUACCCCCAGAAUUUUAUUCUCGAUUGGAAAACAUUUUUUUAAUUGGUUUAUAUUAUUCACGAGACAGACAAUUACCAAAUGGGAAUUACCAUAUCUUUAAAAUUAUUGUAGAAGAGUUGAAUUUUCUUGCACGAGAAGGGAUAUUAAUUAAUACUGCAUCCGGUAUUCAACGAGUAUAUUUUCUUCUUGGUUUAAUUUUGGGAGAUAAUAAAGGGUUAAAUGAAGUAUUAGGGUUUUCUGGAAGCUUCAGUGCCAAUUAUUUUUGUCGCUUUUGUACAAGACAUAAAAGUAAUUGUGCAAAAGAUAUUUCUGAGCAAUGUAAUUUUUUAAGAAAUCCAGUAGAUUAUGAAAGAGAUAUUAAUAAUGGUUUUGACGUUUCUGGUGUUAAAGAAAAAUCCAUUUGGCUUGAUGUAGAUCACUUUCAUCCUUAUAAGAAUUUUGCUGUUUGUACCCUACACGAUUUUGAUGAAGGAAUCAGUUCUUAUGCAAUGCCGCUUAUAUGUCAGUAUUUUAUUUUAAAGCAAAAAAUUUUCGAUCUUGAUUUUUUAAAUGAGCGAAUAUUAGGAUUUAACUAUCAAGUAAACGGAUUCUCAAAUAAACCCUGCAUUAUAACAGUAGACAAUUUAAAAAAUCUUCAAUUUCGUAUGUCUGGCAACGAAAUGAGAACAUUCGUUUUAUGUUUUCAUUUUUUAGUUGGUGAUUAUGUACCUUUCGACAAUGAUGUUUGGAAAUAUUAUCUUGUAUUGCGUCGAUUAAUUGAAUUUAUAUCUUGCAGAAUUUUUCCAAGAAAUCGUGUGCUACAAUUUCAAGAAUUGAUAAAAGAACAUAAUUACCUUUAUCAAAAGCAAUUUGGUUCACUAAAACCAAAAAUGCAUAUUUUAAAUCAUUACUUUAAAAUUUUAAUUGAAUCUGGACCACUCUCUUUUCUUAGUACUAUACGUAAUGAAGGGAAGCACAAAGAAGUUAAAGACAGUGCAUCGGCUACAAGAUCAAGAAAAAAUGUAACACAUACACUUGCUCUUAAACAACAAUUACAAUUAUGUUACCGAUUUCUAUCUGAAGAAGGUUUAAAAACCGAUCUUAUGUCUGGGCGCUGUCAAAUUCUUUACAAUAUAAUGUUAUUAGAAGGUUAUCAAUAUUUUUCAAAUACUUUACCUGGCUCUUUCAUAAAUAAUGCGUGCGUAAGUGUAAAGUGGGUUACAUUUAAUGGUAUAACGUAUAGAGAAGAAAUGUGUAUAAUUUUAGAUUUAUGCGAUAAUGGUAUCCUACCAACAUUUGGAAUUAUUAAGAAAAUUUUAUUUAAUUCCAAUGCAAAUGAAGUAUGUUUCAUUUGUUUAAAAUUAUCAAAUCUUGGUUUUGACUCAAAUAUGGGAGCUUAUGAAAUAGAAUACGAUUUGCAGUGGCAGUGUUGUUUAAUUAAUAACUUGUUAAGUCCAUUUCCCGCAAUAAAAGUAGUAUUAAGCAAUGGUAAAAAAUAUGUUGGUCUUCGGUGUUUAGUUUGAGUAAUAUAUGUAAUUUAUAAAUAAAGAGAUUUAGAAAUGUAAGUUCAGAAAGAAUAUAAAUUGUUGACUUUCACAUUUGAAAGUAUAUUUAAAAAGUUGUAAUAAAUUAUCAUUUUAAAUUUUAACAAUUUUUAAUUUUAUUCAUAAACCACUCUUAAUUAUCACCCCCCACCCCUCAAAUAAUAUUCAAGAAUUUUGGUUUCUUUAAACAAACCGUUUGGUUGGUAUAAUCUAACGACACACAAUACUGCUAACCCAACAUACUGUUUAAAGGAACCGAACUCUACUAACCAAGUGAGUUCGGUUACUGUAAACUGUGCAUUCGGUCAGUCCAUAGUCAACCUACCAGUUCAGUUGACGUAACCGUAGUUUUGUUUCUUAUGGCCAAACUCUUUUUUCCGUGAACAGGCCCACGACCACGUG